AUGUUUGCAGGAAAGACAUCUACUUUAAUUCAACGAGUCUCACGACUACGGUCUGCUGGAUAUCGUUGUCUUGUCGUCACCCAUUCCAUAGACACUCGCUAUCAUAAUAAUAAUGAAGGUGAUAUUCACAAUGAUUACACAGAUGCGACAUCUCGUUCUGUUUGGCUCUCUUCACAUGCAUAUGGUUUACGAUAUCCAACAGAUGUUGCCCUCUCUACACUGUGGGAACUCCAUCAAGGGGAAUUACCAUCCAACGUAAACAACACCAAUUAUCAUCAUCACAACAAGAAGAAUAAUAGUACGGAGAAUGAGGAUAAUGAGACUCAAGAGGAGAAAAGGGAAGAUGUUUCUACAAAUACAGAGUUGAAAGCAAAUAAGACUCUAUUAGAUUGGCGAAACUAUUCUGUUAUUGCCAUUGAUGAGGGACAAUUUUUCCCCGAUCUCUAUUCCUUUUGCUCAACCGUUGUAGCUGCAGGAAAACACAUACUGGUUGCCUCACUUGAUGGGGAUUGUCAUCAACAAUCUUUUGGCGAAGUCCAUCGUUUACUCCCACUGUGUGAGUCUGUGCAGAAACUCUCUGCUAUUUGUAUGAAGUGCCGUACACGUGAGGCCUUCUUCACACAACGUCGUGUUGAGAUGCCACAGCAAGUAGUGGUGGGCGGUGUGGAAUUGUAUGAGACAGUCUGUCGUUUUUGUCUUGACCAACCACAAAAACGGGGUUUCACUGUUUCUCUUAAGCAAGAAAAGGAAAAACAAGAAGAAGAAGAAGAAAAGAAGGAAUGA